AUGGCUUCUCCAUCUUACGCUUCAGAGCUUCAGAUCGCCCAAUUGGCCGUUCAGCGUGCUACGAUCCUCACCAAGCGCGUGUUCCACGAAAAGGCAAAGGGAACCGUUGACAAGAAUGACAAGAGCCCUGUCACCAUUGGCGACUUCGGCGCCCAGGCCCUCAUCAUCGCCGCUCUCCGCCACAACUUCCCUGACGACGCUAUUGUCGCCGAGGAGGAGGCUGCGCAGCUCCGUGACGAUGCGAACCUGAAGCAGACUAUCUGGGAGCUCGUCAGCUCCACAAAGCUUGAUGAUGAAGAUGCUGAGAAGCAACUGGGUGGCCCCAUUAAGGAUGUUGACAAUAUGUUGGAAUUGAUCGAUAGAGGUGGCAGCCAGGGUGGUUCCAGCGGUCGUAUCUGGGCAAUCGAUCCCAUUGACGGUACAAAGGGCUUCCUCCGUGGUGGGCAAUACGCUGUCUGCCUUGGUCUCAUGGUCGACGGCGACGUCAAGGUCGGUGUUCUUGGCUGCCCUAACCUUCCAGUUGACGACUCAGCCCGUCUUACCUCCGACAUUGGCUCUAAUGCCACCGAUGAGGGUCGUGGUGUUGUUUUCUCUGCUGUACAGGGCCAUGGCGCGAACAGCCGACCUCUCACUUCCGGCGCUCUUGCUGCUGAGAAGCCCAUCUCUAUGCGAAGCAUUGAUGAUCUCUCCAAGGCUACCUUCUGCGAGAGCGUUGAGGCAGGCCACUCGGCGCAUGAUGACCAAGCUCUUAUCUCGAAGAAGCUUGGUAUUACCCAGGAGAGUGUCCGCAUGGACAGCCAGGCUAAGUACGGCUCUAUUGCCCGCGGUGCUGGCGACAUCUACCUCCGUCUGCCUGUCAAGGCCACAUAUCAGGAGAAGAUCUGGGAUCACGCUGCCGGUGACCUCAUUGUUCGUGAGGCUGGCGGUCAAGUAACUGACAUUCACGGAAAGCGUCUCGACUUCAGCGUAGGACGCACUCUGGCCAACAACAAGGGCGUCAUUGCCGCUCCUGCUGCUGUUCACGCCAAGGUUCUCGGAGCUGUCCAGGAGGUUCUAAGCGCCAAACAGUCAUAA